AUGAAACUCAAGGGCAGAAGGCUCUAUAAUCCUCAGUCAAGGGAGAAGGAAGAAUUCAAAAGAGAAAUUAAAAACGUCAUUAAUCACAGUAAAUCAUUCAAAUCUUCCUUCGGGUCAUCCCUCAAGGACUUUAAAGUUAUCAAAGAGAUUGGAAGAGGCGCCUACGGGACGGUUUAUAAAGUCCAGAGCUAUAUAGAUCGUAAUACAUACGCUUUGAAAUAAAAUUAAUGAGAUCAAUAAAACUCAAAAAGCCUCUGCUUUGAAGGAAGUCAAAAUACUGAAGAGGAUGAAUCAUCCUAACAUAAUUCGGUACUAUCACUCCUUUGUGGAAUAUGACAACCUCUAUAUUCUGAUGGAAUAUGCAGAUGGAGGCGACCUUUAUCAUAAGAUGAAAGAGUAUAAGAGCAUGAAUAAAUAAAUGGACUGAGAAAGAAAUCUGGUGUUUUGCAUAUGAAAUUCUUCUUGGGAUUGAAUAUCUUCAUGCUAAAAAUAUCAUUCAUAGGGAUGUUAAAACUUUAAAUAUUUUUAUAACUGAAGAUAAGCAUAUUAAGCUUGGUGAUCUUGGAGUUUCAAAGAUUGUAAAUUCUAUGAUACCUUUGCAAGGGACCAGAGUUGGAACUCCUCUUUAUUUGGCUCCGGAGUUGAUACGGCAUCAGCCUUAUAGUUUUAAGAUAGACAUCUGGGCGAUAGGAUGAGCAUUAUAUCAUAUAAUGUGAUUUGAACCUCCUUUCAUUGGAGAGAAUUUAUUCAUCCUUGGAAACACAAUUGUGCAUAAUAAACCUAAAGGGAUUCCGAAGAAUUAUAGUACAAAAUUAUCAUUGUUCAUCGAGAAAUUACUAGCAAAAAGCACUGACAACCGUCCUUCUGCAAAAGAGGCACUACGAAUGGUACCAAAAUCUAUUAAGAAUCUCGAUCACUUUAAAGUAAAGAAGAACAUGGACAGUAGCAAUUCAGAGAUUAACGCCACUACUCCUUAUGAUUCUUCUCCUAAGGGAAAUAGGAUCCAUAAUGUUAUUUCCAAGCAAGAAGAUUCAAAAGCACGACCAAUCUCUGCAGCAGUAAUUCGUUCACCAAAUGUUAAGAUCAAGGAACCAGUUAGGAAGGAGUUCAAAAUUUGAGAUCUUAAGGAUGAAAAUAAAAUAAAAGACAUAUUUGAUAAAAACGAGUAUCAAGAUCAUGAAAGUUCACCUCUUAAUUUAAAUAAGGAGCCAUCUUUGCCUAUCAAAGUUGCAGCAGACAAAGCUCUGUCUUUUUAUAAUAAGAAGAGUCAGAAGAGCUUCAAUAUCAAGCGUCUAUCCUGUGAUGACCAGGAUAAGAAGGCAAUAGAUACUUCUUCUGAUUCUAAAAUUUGAAUUAAUGUAGCCACAGCAAUUCCAGCUCCAAUUAAUAAAUCAAAGAAUAGGUACGCAAAUUCAACACCAGGAGAGCGCUUGACAAUAAAUAAAUCUGCAAAGUCAAAUACUGGUCUUCAGUCUAAGAUUACUCAAGCAAGAAAUUUGAACCAACCUGCUAAGAACAAUUUGUUCAAGGGAGAGAGUUUUCAAAUAACUCCUACUGUUGGCAAAAAUGAUAUGAAGUUACCACCUAAAGCACGGAAAGAUAAUCAGGGCAGAAUCAUCCUAGAUCAAGGCCCAAUCCCACAGACUUGCUUCACAACGAUUGCGAACCGUAAUAUUACUGCUGAAAGUAGGGUUUAUAAGCAGGGAAAAGUAUUAGACAGACCUCACAACGAUUCUAAAGAGUUGGCCAACUCUGGUAGCAAAGCUGAUAUCUCAAAAAGGCCGAAUAUUUAUGACCUAAAGGAGGAAUCUGAGAAGAAGAGCAAGCGACCAGCCUCUGCUUAUGUCUCGACUAAGGGAAAUCGGAACACUUCAAAUAACCUUGAUUUAAACAAGAACAAAGUUUUCUCUCAGGAUAAGGUGGUUGUACAAGAUAAGGUUAUCCUAAGACCAAAAAUAUUCUUUAAUGAUCAGACAUUUCAAUCAGGAAUGAACUCUGUUGUGAAUAAAUCCGCGAGUAAGUAUGGUAAACCAUACUGCAACCAGAGGAGAAUCAUGACAGCUGGAGGAAACUCUUCUAUUGGUAGGAGUCAUAGUAAGAGAGUUCAACCAAAUACAAAUCAUCAGCCUUCUGUUGGGAUUAAUAGAAGUUGUAACGAAAAGCCAACUAUUAGUCAAUUAAAGUCUAAAUAACAAAGAAUCCAGUAGCAACAUUCAAACCAGUACCCAGCCAACUACAAUGAGUGUAAUAAUUCCCAAAUAGCACUCCUGAUCCUAACCCAACAUCAACCAAGCAUAAGCCUGCUGGCAUCAGUUACCAGCGAUAUAAUAAUCCUAUCAAUAACUUGAACAUCUUCCGUUCUGGCGCUGUCAAAGUGAGCCACAAGAAGGCAAAAAUCUCCCCUCAAAAAGUGAAUCUAGAUAAGAAACCACUCAAGUCUGAACGAAUGAAGAACCCGACUGUGGAUAGGCCCUUAUUUAUUAAGAAAUUCAAGACUACAUCUUCUAAGAACAAGAGGAAGUACAUUCGACCUGGCUUCGGAAAUAUACCUACAAAUUCCACUAGCAACGAUCAAACCUCCUUCAGGAAACCCCCUCCUCAAAGGCCUUAAUCCCACUCAAAAAUUGACAAAAAAGUGACCACCCCCUGAUUUCGGGUGGCCACUUUUUAUCUAAUUUUUUACAUAUAUUUUCGGAGGUU